CAAGGCAGCGGGGCAGAGGUGCAGAUGAAAAGAGCCUAGAGAAAAUACUUUUUCAAGCUCUGAAUAUACAACUACCAGACCUCCAACAUAAAUAUGAAUAGACAGAAGCAGUGGACACGGGUGGCCGUGAUGGCACUCCUGGUGCUAACGGUGAUGGCAGCUGAAGGCGGCAAAGCAGAGAAACAAGGAAAGAAGGAGCGCAAGUCAGACUGUGGGGACUGGCAGUGGAGUGUGUGUGUAGCCAACGAAGGGGACUGUGGACUCGGCACCAGGGAGGGAACACGCACCGGAACCGACUGCAAGCAGACCAUCAAGACCCAACGAUGCAAGAUCCCCUGCAACUGGAAGAAGAAGUUUGGAGGGGAAUGCAAGUACGACUUCCAGGCUUGGGGGGAGUGCGAUCUGGCGACAGGCAAGAAGAACAGGACGGGCGUGCUGAAGCGAGCGCUCAUGGAUGCGACCUGCGCCGUCACUGUCACCGCCACCAAGCCCUGUGGGAAAAUCCCCAAGACUAAGCUGCAAGAUGCAAAGAAGCAAAAGAAGGAAGGCAAGAAGCGAGACCGCACCCAAAUGGACUGA